GCCAUAUGUUAAUAUAACCAUUGACAAUCGCUUCUACAAUUCUGUCAAUUCAAACCGCAUAAAAAAAUCCAAAUUCUUUUUGGUCGGAUCUGUCAAUCCGAAAUCAUGGCUCCCCGGUUUGAGUUAGCAGUCGGUCUCCGAAAGGGGCACAAAACGACUAAAAUAUCCGCUGGCAGGAAGGGUAUUACAGACAAAGCCAUCAAAAUCAGGCCAGCCAGGCUAAAGGGUCUCCAAACCAAACACUCAAAGUUUGUUCGUGACCUGGUCCGUGAAGUUGUUGGACACGCUCAGUAUGAGAAGAGGGCAAUGGAGUUGCUCAAGGUGUCAAAGGACAAGCGUGCGCUGAAGUUCCUGAAGCGUCGUCUGGGCACACACAUCCGUGCCAAGAGGAAGCGUGAAGAGCUCAGCAACGUGCUUACACAGAUGAGGAAGGCCGCCGCACAGGCACACCAUGCCCCUACACACACUAAGUGAACAAUAAACUAAUUAGAAUAACAUCUA